CGGAAUUCCGCUGGCGCUUUUGCGUCCACACGACGAUGAGGCGUUUGCGUCCCUGGCGAAGGAGGCGCGUGGUGCCGGGAGGAAGUCCGGGGGUCCGUCGCCACACGCUGCCGCCGACGCACUGAACGAGCGGGCGCGGGAGCUUGCUGAUCAGGUCCUGAGGGGUGACCGCGGCUUCCUUGACCGCGAGCCCGAGGGGGUGCCUCUGAGCAUGCUGCCGUUGGACACGGACCGCGGGUUCCACGAGAUGGAGGUUGAGCGUGCGGUGCUGAAGCUGACUGACCCGAAGAAGAACGCCGACAAGAUCGCCGCCCUCGAGGACCGCCUCACCGACCGCGCACACGAGCUUGCGCAUGAGCGCCUGAGCGGGGACCGCGGCUUCCUCGACCCCGGGCCGGAGGGCGUUCCCCUCGCUGACCUCCCGCUUGACGAGGACCCCAAGUUCCACCAGAUGGAGGCGGAGCGUGCGAAGCUGAAGGAACGAGAUCCUGUUGGUAACGCCUACCGAAUCCGGGAACUGGAGGACAAGUUGAACAACCGGGCCCACGAUCUGGCGGGGGAGGUGCUUGAGGACGACCUUAAGGGCAUUGACGCGGUACCCGAAGGUGUGCCGCUUGUGCUGCUUCGCCCGCAUGACGAUGCGGAGUUUGCCUCCUGCCUCCCAGAGCUUCGCCGCCUGAAGAAGAAGCCCAGGCUGAACGCGGCGCCGAUCGCUGCGCUGCAGGGCAAGAUGAACGAUAGGGUGCAUGCCUUGGCGAAGGAAAUGAUACAUGCGGGUCGCAAGCUCCUCGACCCCGAACCCGAAGGUGUUCCCCUCGAGCUUCUUCCUCUAGACACGGACAAAAAGUUUGGCGACCUGGAGAAGAAGCUCCAUGCCUUGCAGGCGGCGAGGCGGCCCAAUGACGGUGCCAUCGCCAAGGUGAGGGAGCAGCUGAAUGAUCGUGUCCACGAACUGGCAAAAGAAAAGAUUGAGGGCGACCGCGGCUUUCUGGAUCCGGAGCCGGAGGGCGUUCCGCUCGCCGACCUUCCCCUCGAGGCGGAUGAGAAGUUUCACAAGAUGGAGGCCGAGCGGGCCAAAUUGAAGGAGGGCUCUGGCAAAAAUGUCGAUGCGAUAGCUCGUCUGGAGGCUGCCCUGAAUGACCGUGUGCACGAGAUGGCCAGGGAGCUCAAGGAGGCGGAGCGUGCCUUCUUGAACGCCACAUCUUACGGGAUCCCGAGGGAGCUACUGCCGCUUGACAAGGAUCGCAACUUCCAAGGCAUGGAGCAGCAGUUGCGGAAGCUAAAGCACAGCCCCCAUCGCAAUGCUACUGCUAUCGGGAAUCUUCAGGAAAUGAUGCAGGACCGUGCUGACGAACUGGGCCUGCAGAUGCUAAAGGGCGACCGUGCCCGUUACCUUGAACCCGAAUACGAGGGCGUUGAGCUUGUGGAUGUGCCCAUCGACGAUGACAAGGCCUUCACCGAGUGGGAGCAGGAGCGGGCCAUACUGAAGGCAAAGAACCCGGAGUCAAAUGAAAUUGAGGCCCUGGAGGGAAAACUGAAGGAUCGUUUUCACGAACUGGCAAGGGAACGCGUUCAAAAGGAUCGCAUGUUUUUGGAUGCUGAACCCGAAGGUAUUCCACUUGGUGAUGUUCCAGUGGACGAGGAUGCCGAUUUUAAGCGUAUGGAGGGGCAGCUUCGGAAGCUUUCACGCGAUAGGAGGCGUAAAGGCCCCGCCAUAUCAGACAUGCGGGAGAGCUUGAAUGACCGUGCCCAUGAACUCGCUAAGGUUGUUGUCGCGGACGACGUCAGGUGCUUGAAAGACGCAUAUCGAGGGAUCCAGAAGGAGGAUCUGAACCUGCACAAGGACAAGGACUUUAGAGAGCUAGCCAAUCAGCGACGCACGGCCAGUAAAAAAGAUAGUCCCUGUUGCCGAAAUUGCCACUAUUGA